AGGCUUCACACUAGGUUGCUCUAGAUGAAGAAAUAACAUCUUUUGUAACAUGCCAUUACUUUCCUUUCAGUUGGAUGAGUCCGAUAUACUUUACGAAGAGGAGAUUAUAAAAAACAAAUACAGCCCAAAAGUUUGGUUAAGGUAUUUGGAUUAUAAAAAAGACUCUCCGCAAUCUGUUAGAAACUUGAUUUAUGAAAGAGCUUUAAAGGAAAUACCCGGAUCUUACAAAGUUUGGUAUGCUUAUUUAAGGGAGAGGAGGGGGCUUGUUCGCUAUAAAUCACCCCUCGAUCCCACCCUUGAAGAUCUAAAUAACGCCUAUGAACGAUGUUUAGUGUUUCUUCACAAGAUGCCGAGGCUCUGGACCGAAUACUUAACCUUCAUGUCUGCACAGCACAAGAUCACGAAAACUCGGCGCCUCUUCGAUAGAUGCCUCCGUGCUCUUCCUAUUACUCAGCACCAUCGCAUCUGGCCUCUUUAUUUAAAGUUUGUAAGGCAGUACAACAUUCCUGAAACUACUGUUCGUAUAUGCAGACGCUACCUUCAGUUGGAGCCGUACGACGUAGAAGACUACAUUGACUACUUGAAGUCGGUCGGAAAGUUUGACGAGGCCGCUACCAGGCUGGCCACCGUUGUGAACGACGACCAUUUUGCUUCAAAGAGAGGGAAGACACCUCACCAGUUUUGGACGGAGUUGUGCGAGCUUCUCUCUACCAAUGCAGCCCAUAUCACCUCCCUUAAGGCAGAGCCCAUCAUCCGCUCCGGUCUUGUGCGUUUUACGGAUAUGGUUGGGCAUCUCUGGGUGGCUCUUGCCGAGCACUUUACUCGCUUGAAGUUAUUUGAAAAGGCUCGUGACAUCUAUGAGGAGGCGCUGUCAUCCGUGAUGACCGUGCGUGACUUUACUUUGGUUUUUGAUGCUUAUUCGCAGUUUGAAGAGUUACUACUUCGGUCACUUUUUGAAAACUUGGGCCUAAACGAACAAGAACCUGUUGAUGACGUGGACUUGGAUUUAAAAGUUGCCCGUUUUGAAAAUCUCAUGGAUCGAAGGCCCAUAUUGCUAAGCUCAGUGCUGUUACGCCAAAACCCUCAUAACGUUAACGAAUGGCUUAAGCGGGCCCUUUUAUUUUCCAGCAAUCCUCUUAAAGUCAUCGAGACAUACACUAAAGCAGUGCACACUGUCGACCCUCAUAAGGCCACGGGCAAGCUGUGUGAGUUGUGGAUCUCCUUCGCUGAGUUUUACGAAGAGCACGACCAAUUGCAUGAGGCUCGAGCAGUGUUUGACAAGGCGGUAACGCGUGCCUUUAAAAAAUAUGAUGAACUAGCGACCGUCUGGUGCGAGUACGUCGAGAUGGAGCUGAGAAACAAGGAGUUUAGGAGAGCCGUGAGCCUUAUCAAGCAGGCUACAAACCAGCAUGUGCGUCUGACACCGGGCGAUCCUGCCAAUUACGUACGCAGCCGUUUAUAUCGUUCUCUGAAAAUAUGGCAGCUCUACUUGGACUUGGAAGAAUCGUUCGGGACCUUUGAGUCGGUAAAGUCUCUCUAUUCCCGUGUGCUGAGCUUGAAGGUGGCCACACCGAUUGUUGUUAUAAACUUUGCCAAGUUUCUACAGGAUCACAACUGUUACGAAGAAUCGUUUAAAGUUUAUGAAAGAGGCGUCAGCUUGUUCAAGUGGCCACAAGUCUACGACUUAUACCUAUAUUACAUCCAGGACUUCCUGCAGAGACAUGGUAAGGAACUUGGAGGGAGUAUGCUGGAGAGAGCACGCGAUAUCUUUGAGCAGGCGCUUGAGGCGUGCCCCAGUGACUACGCAAAAACGCUGUUUCUGAUGUACGCCCAAAUGGAAGAGGACCACGGACUGGCCCGAAGAGCGAUGAAUAUUUACGAGCGAGCUGUCGCAAAAUCUUGCGAUACGGACAAGCUCGAGCUCUUCCGCGUUUACAUCAAGCGUGCUGCUUCUUUAUACGGGGUGACCAGGACCAGAGAAAUAUACGAAAAGGCAUUGGAGGAUCUGGGCGACAAGGACGCCACGACCAUGUGCCUUGAGUUUGCUGCUCUGGAAGUAAAGCUUGGCGAGGUCGAUAGGGCUCGGGCCGUCUACAGCUACGGCUCCCAGUUCAACGACCCGCGCACGAGCCUCCAGUUUUGGAAGGCGUGGAACGACUUUGAGGUGAACCACGGGAACGAAGCCACGUUUAGAGACAUGCUAAGGCUGAAAAGGAGCGUGCAGGCGUCUUACAGUACAAGAGUGAGCGUAGAACAUGCGCUGGAGAUCGCUAAAUUUUUGGCAGCCAAUAGCGAGCACUCAACAACUUUUGUCUCUGUUCCGUCGCAAGAACAAGAGAUUGCUGCCUCCCGCUCUCAGAAAAUCAUAAGCUUCGUAGCGUCAGAGUGCCAGGCCCACUCCGAAAUACAACUUUCAGAUUCGGACUCGGAAGAGGCUGAUAAAGUUGAACAAGUGGAAAUUGUGCAGAAAGACGUGCCCAAUGCCAUAUUCGGAAGCUAUACCACGUGAAAGUUAUAACUUUAUUGGUACAAUUACUUGCGUUGGGCAUCUUUUUAAAAAGUGUUUAAGUAAUA